AUGGCCUCGUCAGUCCCGCAUCUGCCGCCCUCCAAUGCUGAUGGGGCUGCUGCAAGACACCUGCAGCCGCCUGCAAAUCGCAGCGCUGGCCGUCAGGGUCUGCGCUCCGCCUCGAGCCCCCUCGACCGCAGGGCAGCCGCGACGACGAGAUCCUCCUCAGCCGCCAGAGCCCCCAGUGUCAAAGAUCUGAAGAAACGCUUCGAUCAGAGCGGCGGAGCCAACUCCAUCCCAAGAGCUCCUCCACGCCAGGAGGUUCCGGUAGCUCGGAUCAGACAGGACUCCAUCAAGCCCAGACCAAAGCCCAAGCCGCCAGGCCCUUCUUCGUCAGCAGGCCCUCGUCCUGGGAUCCCCGCCCCGGGCUCGUCCAAGCAGCCCUCGUCGGCGGCCUCGACCGCGUCGUCGUCAAACCGCCCUCUGCAAAAGUCGAGAAACGUUGAACGCGACCAAAUGCCGGGUAGUUCGCGGUCGUUUGCCAACCGCAUAGGAAACCAUCCGCCACCAGACACAUCCGCUAACGGGAACCCAAUUGCCUCCAGCUCCCUAACACGUCGCCCACACAAUUCCCCACCAUCAGCCUCCCAACCACCAGCGCCAUUGCCAAAGUCUAAUUCUCAGUUCCCAGGCCUGUUGUUCGGUGAAGUUGCCCCCGGUCAGCACGCUGCCGCGGCCGGCUUUGGCAUCGACAACCUUCGCCCUCGAAGAACGUCCGAUUCCAACGUGCAUGGCCUCGUGGGGCGUCAACGCAGCCUCUCCGACUUUGAAGCCGAGCCUGCAUCUCCAUCCAGCUGGUACAGGGACCUCCACACGUCCCGAGGGAGUGCACCCAAAGCUCAUCACACGCGAUCUCGCAGCGAUAUAUCCAUACUACCAUUUAUUCACCAAUCAUCCACAUCUCCCACGACCACGAUAGCAGCACUCGCAGCCGCCACCGCAACGGCGACAGCAGUUGCAGCAGCAGAAGCUGCUGCUCCACCAGCCUCGCACACGCCAACAGGUGCCAGCUCCAAAUUGCCCGUGUCUAUCAGCAGGAGAUUGGCCACUCCAAGCGACUCCAGUCCCGCUUCCUCACGAUCGAAUUCGCCCUCUACACUUAGGAGACCGCCAGCCAAUGUUCGUAGCAGCAGCAGGCAAGCCAAGGCGAAUCCUACUACGACUCGAGCGAAAACACCUACCCAAACACCUCGAAAGCAACCCCCUUCAGGGUUAGUUACGCCCGGUAGCAGUAAUAACCGGCUCCAAGCGUACGUGUCCGUUGCACCGCCCAAGCUUUCACCGCCUCUAAGGAGCUCUCGGCCACGACAGCCAGUCUCCGUAGCGACAACAGCAAGCUCCCGAAUGAAGGAAACGGCCAAGACGAAGCCCCCCGCACGGCCAACUGCCAGGGACAAUGUUAAGGAUCCAUCUUCGUCAAAGACAUAUGACCCGGCGAAGCGUAAGAUAAUAGCGGUUGGGCCUAUAGACUUUGAACAGCGUCGAGAACAUAUUCGAUUAGCAUACACAAAGACCAUUCGUGAAAGCCAGGCUUUUGAAGCUCGUCAAAGAGCGGUAGAGAGGAGGCGGAAGCAGAUGGAGGAGGCCAAGGCCAAGGCUGCAGCCACGUCUACAGUUACGGCUACGGAUUCACCCACCCCUGUGACUGCUGGGGAGAAGGAAGAAGAUGCAAACCAAGAAACCGCGGAAGGGGAUGCAGCUCUAAAAGCAGAGACAGGGACACAGUCAACGGGGCAGGUUGAUAGUCCUUCCCCCCAGUCAGGGCUAGCAAAUGAGCUGCCUGGGGAGCUCCCAGCUGAUCACGGCACUCAUGUUGUGGAGAAGGGCGAGUCCCUUCCAGAAACCCCGACAGCUGCAGCCUCGCGCCCAGCGCUUGGCAAGGAUCAUGAUUCGCCGACACUGGGCAUCCCUGGAAGCUUCCCUGGGACUUCACCGUCCGCUAACGUAACAAAAGCCCAACGGCCACUGUCAACCAUCUCAAUUACUUCUGCUGUUACGGAAUUUGAUAUAGAGCCCCAGGCAGAGCUUUCUGACCUGGCUAUGUCCGAUCAGCCGCUCAGCCCACAAAUAAUAGUGCCGACGCGAGAACGCUCUCACUACCGAAGCCCCUUUGAUGAUGACGACUUUCCUUCAUCGCCGCCGCAACCGUCUCCUGCGGCUCAUCCUCACAACCUCGCCCACCACCGAGACCAAAACCACCACCACGACCAUCAACAUUACGCCGAUCAAGGAAAUAACCCAGUGCCCUAUAGCCAGAUCGACGGCCAAGAGCAGUUUCGUCCUGAGGCUUAUUACAACAAUGAGCAUCAAGAAGCCUCAUUCGAGCCCCCUGUGCAUCAAAAUUACCAGCCCAUUGUGAAGAUACUACCACAGCCUUCAGCCAACGAACUUCCAGCUGCCAAAGAGGCUGUGCAGGCAGCAUCUUAUCCCAGGCUGGACAUUCAAGAUGAAUCUGACUGCCACUCCGAUUUAGAAAGCGCUCCAGCAAUGGCUCGUCACAUGCGCUCCGAUGUCGAUGAUGCCGCCACUGAUGCUUGUACCGAAGAGACAGAUGAUCGGGAUGCGAUGGAGGACGAGCGAUCUCCAUACCGCUAUGGCGGUCACCUCUCGUCGAAUAGGGCCUCGACGUGUGCAUCAUCUGAUAUAGAAACCUUUGAUGAACUUCUCUAUCCUUCCCACGACGACCAUAUCGACGCGGGCCCACCGAACAAGCUGUUGGCCCCCCCUUCAAUAUCUCGAGCCGAUAGGUCAAGUCACCAAACAGCAUGGACAAAUGUCUCUGUCGACGGCACACAUUCAGAGGCUUCAGAGUCACCGGAUAUGCGAUCGGCCUCGUGGAAACUGUCUGAAUCUUCUGGGAGGGAUGAUUCUUCUCUAAGAAGCUUCUCCUAUAGUGGAGCAGGUGGUGUCCGCCCUUCGGUCGAUUCGACACGGUCAUCAAUUCAACUCGGCCAGCAACUACCAGAACUAGACACCGGCGGAGGCUUUUCUAUCCCCUAUCUAUCAACGGAGGCGACUUCUGACUUUUCGUACCUAUCGUCUCCAAAGCACGAGCCACCACCUCUUCCACAUUCUGGACGGAAUUCGGCCCUCGAAUCGCAAACGUCGAGUGUAUUUUAUGAGCAGUCUCAAUAUGGGAGUACUCUGGUUAACUCGGACCGCGGCAGCGGAGAGUACAUCUCCCAUCACUCAGAAACGCCCCUAUCGAUGAUGGACAUGACAUCCAUGGAGACCACGGAUCAGUAUUUUGAUGGUAGGGGUGCCGUGGAUAGCGACGCCAGAUCUUUCAUCCAGGAAGCCGAGGGCUUAAGCAGCGAAGAGCGACAUCGUUUAAUCCAGAGGCGAAAUGUGAUCAAAGAGCUCAUCGAUACUGAAGCCGUCUUCGUAAGAGACAUGAAUAUUAUUGAGGAGAUUUACAAAGGCACCGCAGAAGCUUGCCCCAAGCUAGAUGCGAAGAUAGUCAAGCUCAUCUUUCGAAAUAGCGAUGAGAUUAUUGAAUUCCACACUUCAUUCCUCGCCAUACUCAAGGAAGUGGUUGCCAGCAUAUAUGUGCCGAAGAGCGGCCGGUCGCUUGCCGUCAAGGGUGAUUCCUUUUACUCGGAGCAGAGCCAGUCAUCUAUUGUUGAUCUCAGCGACGCCAAAGACCGUGAGACUUCACUUGGCCCAGCUUUCCAAAGCAAUAUGGAAAGGAUGAAGCUUGCCCACGAAGGCUUCUUGAGAAACAGCGACCAGGCAGCAAAGAAGCUCAUCCAGAUUCAACAGGACCCAACGGUGCAGAUAUGGCUGAACGAAUGCAAUGAAGUUGCCAAGGAUCUUACAACUGCUUGGGACUUGGAUUCCCUCCUGAUCAAACCGAUGCAGCGAAUCACCAAGUACCCCAACCUGAUCAUGACUCUUCUCCAGCACACGCCCCAGGAUCACCCUGACCGUGAGCCGCUUAUAGUAGCCAAGGAGGCCCUUGAAGAUGCCAUUAUCGAGAUUAACAAGACGAAGAAGAAUUUUGAGCUAGUGGGACAAAUCGUCGGUAGAAAACGUAAGGAGUCCGACGUCAAAGCUGGCCUUGCUCGAGCCUUUGGUAAAAAGGUAGACAAACUGCAGGGCGGUGCCCGAGAACCGGAAGACCCUGAAUAUCUCAAGCUAGAGGAAAGAUUUAGCGACGACUACUUGCGACUGCAGGUUGUCUUACGGGAUGUCGAGUUCUACACUAGACAAGUUUCGUCAUAUGUGCAUGAGUUUUUGCAAUUUCUGUCGGCGAUUGAGCUGGUGAUGCGGCUCCAACCAGGCAGCUUCCCGGAGUUGGAGAGCAAAUGGGUACAGUUUAAUAUAUCAAUUCGUGAUAUCGAAAAGAUAACGCUCGAGCUGCAUUUGACUCAAAUACGAAAACAUGUUAUUGAACCCUUUGAACAUGUCAUUAAAUCUUACGGGAACCCCUCGUUGGCCAUGAAGAAGAGGCAAAAGCGACGAAUUGUUUGGGAGCGUGCGGAGCAACUGAAGAAAGCAGGCAAAAGCAUAGAUCCCAAGCUUAAGGAGCUUGUGGAGCAGUACGAGGCUCUCAACGAUACACUUAUUAAGGAGCUUCCAAAGCUGUCAGCUUUGACCGAAAAGAUGGGAAAUAUUUGUCUGAGCAACCUCAUAAACAUUCAGGCCGAUUGGUAUUUUGUCUGGAGGGAAAAGAUGAGAGCUGUGCUAGCGGAUGCACCCGAGCUGCCAGCACUUGAAGAUAUUGUAGCAGUUUUCCAGCGAGACUUUCCUUACGCAAACGAAAUGAUGUCCAGCAUUGGCAUCAUCAACCCGGCCUACCGUGGAAGGAUCUCACAAUCGACGGCCAGUGGAGAAGACGCCCUUCCCAGAACUAGGGGACGGACGUCGGAAGCAGAGAAUAGAUCAUUGAGCCAGUCCAUGAAUGUCGAGGCAGCACCUGUCCUACCGGCGCCCGACUUUGGUAAACGACAUAGUGGCUCAUUUACCCUUUCUCCUAUUAGUUCGAAUGCCACUGGCUUUGGCGCAACGGCUCCCAGCCCUCACCAGUACUACUAUAGGGAUUUCUAUGCAGGCCUCUCCAACAAUCAAGCAGGCAUGGGAUCUCCACAAUCAGCCGACGCGCCAACAGGUUCCCGAUCGCUUGGCAACACUCGGCCAAGCACGGGUAAGAGCUUCGAUUCCUCGGCAAUGACAAUGGCGAUGGCGACGUCAAGGCAGAGUUCAGAGUCGGCACCUCACAUCCGGCGAGACUCUGGCAACACAUUCUACUCCAGCUAUCACCAGAAUGAGAGCCGCAGGUUCUCGAACCUGUUUCACUCCGCUCUACCUCUCCCAGACGGCCCUGGGGAGAGUCAGCGGUCUUCUAGAGCGUCAUCGCGGGAGCGUGCGCAUGCUUCGGACGGAUACAAUGUCCUUUGGCUAGCUGCAUCGCUAUUCGAGUUCAAUAUUUCCACAACAAAGCACGAGGCUGGAUAUCCGUAUCUGACAUACCAAGCCGGCGAGAUUUUUGACGUCAUUGCCGAAAAGGGCGAGCUCUGGCUCGCAAAGAACCAAGAUGACCCGUCGGACCAGGUGGGCUGGAUUUGGUCCAAGCAUUUUGCGAAAUUAGCCGACUCAUAG